AUGUCGAGAAUGAAGACGUCGCGGGCGAGGCCGCAACCUGCCUCAUCUUCUUCGGAUGACAACGCCUCCUCCUCUUCCAAGCCUUCGACAAUUCACCUGAAGACUGGACCGGCGGGCUACACUCUCCCUCAGCGUCCUUCCGACAGCACUGUGGCCAAUGCGAAGCUGCGAACCGACGUGGGCAGAGGCGGAAGGCACACGCUCUCUUCGAACACGCCCUUACCUGCUGUUGGCAAACCACCUGGCGCGCCAUACUGGUGGGUGCCGCCAGAAGCUCAGCCGUCCCUUGGCAAUUCGCAAUCAAAUGGGAAUGGUAGCAAGGCCAUCAAAAAGGGCCCUCUGAAACCCUUCAAUGGGGCGGAGCAUGAGUCAAAAAGGGCGAUUGGCAAGGUCUCUAAGCGCCUUCAAGCCGAAUACACGCCGAGGCCUCCACCGCAACCAAGGCCGGAACACCUCGGCGUGCCAAUGCCCGUCACACCUUUGGAGGGCCACGUCUCGCCCCUUCGUCCGCUCGAAGCGCCAUGCAUUCUCGACGUCCUCAAUGUGCCGUUGGCGGCAUCCAUGCGAGAGCUGAGAAGGUCCAUUUGCAGAGCAUCGAGGGAAUUGCAAAGAGGCCCGCCUUACAUGCCGCUGCACAUCACCAAACCGCCCAAAGCGGCCACGGCGCGCCUGCUGCUAUCCGACGAGGCCACAGCGAUGCGAUGGCUCGGCAUCUUUUCGGGGUCCAAAUCUCCCUUGAGCAAGGUGAUGGUGAGGGAUAAUAUGCUGGCGUUCCAGCUCAGCGCAAGACGACCCGAGAACAAUGCUUGGCUCGCCCUCGCAUCUCCGAUCGAUGAUGAUGACUACGUCGGGGAUGCAGGGGUGGAUUUGCCCACGGACCUGCCAUUCAGCGGCCUGACCUGCGGUGCAUGGGACGACAAGAGCCAAUUCUGUCCGGCAUGGAAAGCGAAAGAUCGAGUGAGUCUUGCAUUCAGCUGGGAGUCACUCUGCCCGUGGGGUGCGUGCGUUGACGAGCACGCUUCCGUCUCCCCACACCCAUAGGAGAAUGGAUCGGGGGCUGUACUGCUUAUCGAUGAGGCGCGGAUGCACCUGCACGUGGAUCAAGGGAUCAUUCAGAUCGAUCUGCGCAAUAUUAAGCGAUCCAUGAUCUGCGGCCAACACUUGUACUUGGAGCUGCGCUGGACUCCGGCUUUCAUACUACCAAACGACCCGGUCCGCGCACUGACGGGAUGGGACGAGUACUCCAAAUAUGACGAUGAAGAAGAUCCCGCAGGCCCGCCAGAGUAUCAGAGGAUCCCAUUUUUCGAUCAGAGGCACGGCCUGGUCGCACCUUAUGCCCACGUCAUUUGUCUCAAAGCGCUGCGCCCUCGCCAAGAGAUUCACAGCUUCAUCGCGUCUGUGCGGCCCCGACUAGCGCAGCCGGCAAGCUUGUCGUCUGUCGCGACGGGACCCCUCGAGCAUUUUACCGAGAGCACACUGAGGAAAUUGAGGGAGCUUUACACCAAGCUUACCUUCGAUGUGGCUUUCCAACUGGAACGCAUUGUUCGUGAUGGGCUCAUCCUGCCUAUGGAAGCGCUUAGCCUUGCGCCACAGCUCACAGCGCUCGAUAAACGCGCCUCGAUACAGGAUGUGGUGGAUGGGCCCAAAAGAGCGGCAGCACUGUUGGAAAACUUUUCCGCGCGACUCAUUCGUAACAAGAGCCCCGUCAACGAAGCCGCGCAGCCUCGUCAGGCCUACAAGCGGUUGUUGCCCGCCAAGGUCAAAGAUCUGGCCGAAGAGCUGGAAAAGGCCCCUCUGCCCCAAAUCGAUUCCUCGGCGCAAUUUCGGAUUCAUAGCGUUCGACUUAUGCCUUCUGGCGCCAUGUCUCUAUCUGGCCCGACACCUGAUGCGGGCAAUCGAAUCGUGCGACAAUUUGUAGGAUGCGAUGCGCAUUUUCUUCGUCUUCAGAUGGUGGAUGAAGGGGCUUCGACGCGUCUUCGCAUGCGAAUCGAAGGCGUCAAUGCGGACGCGCUCAAAUGGAUCUUUCGAAACGCGCUGGAAAAGGGACUGGAUGUGGCGGGGAGGACUUGGCGAUACCUGGCCUUCAGCAAUAGCUCGCUCAAGGAAGGUACUUGCUGGAUGGUCCAUCGCUUCUCGUACGACAGCAAAAAAGUCACGGCAGACAGCAUUCGCAACAAUAUCGGCGACUUGGCCUUUAUCAGAUGCCCCGCUCGAUACGCUGCUCGGUGAGUUCGAACCCAGCUCGGGCACGUACCUGAGUUGCAUCGCGGCUCAACGAAUGCGUCCGCCGUAACACAGUAUGGGCCAAGCGUUCACGUCGACAAUGUUCACGAUUCCAGUGAAGAAAACCAACGUGGUCCUUAUAGAUGAUAUCAAGCGCAAAGGGCACUGCUUCACUGAUGGAGUUGGGACCAUCUCAUCCGAUUUAGUCGAGCAGAUCAGAGGCAAGAUCAUCAGCGCUCGGGGCGGACGACGCAGCCAGUACUCGCCCGCGAGCGUCUUUCAAAUUCGUCUUGGAGGUGCAAAAGGUAUGGUCACUCUAGACACAGACCUCCCUCCCGGCCAUGUCCGCCUGCGACCUAGCAUGGUCAAAUUUGAGAAGUCAGCCUCUCAAGCCGACGAUGAGCACGUUUAUCUCGAAAUAGCCAACGCGCCCGAUGGGCCCCUGCCAAUGUUUCUGAAUAGACCCAUGGUCAUGAUGCUUGAAACGCUGGGCGUGCCUAAAGAGCGCUUCAUGGAGCUGCUCAGCGAGGCUGUCAGCCACUUGCGCUACUCUGCCACCAACCUCACCUUGACUGCUCAGGUGUACAAACUUUACAAUGCUCAUCCACCAGGAGGCGCUGCAGCUUUGUUUGAUGCUUUGCGGCGUAUCGGCAUUGACACGCUUGACGGAGAGAAGGUCCCCUUCUUGUACGAUGCUCAUCGCGCUUUUCAGGCCUUUGUAACGCGACACAUGAAAGUGAGUGAUGCUUUCGAUGCCGCGGUGGUCCCUCCAGGCGCUCAAGCAAGUUUAGUCCGUUCACCCCCACAGUACCGCACUCGCAUACCCGUCUUGGAGGGGUGCUAUACACUCUAUGGGGUCGCUGACGAGACGGGCUGGUUGGAAGAAGGGCAAGUCUAUGCAAGCGUAGAAGUCUUUGACGGACCUCGCGAUGGCAUCGUGCGCCCCCGGAACAUUGUCUUGCGCGGAAAAUGCUUGCUGGGUCGAUCGCCUAUGCUGCAUCCCGGAGACGUGCAGUAUGCAGAAGCGGUGUUGCCCCCUCGAGAGAGCAAGCUGAAUGCUCUUCGGAAUUGCAUCGUCUUUUCGACCAAGGGCAAACGUGAUCUGCCUUCGAAAUUGUCGGGCGGGGAUCUGGAUGGAGGUGUGUACAGCUGGCGCCUCGAAAGAGAACAACAUCUGUUUCGUACUGACUGAGGUGGAUCGGAUGCUUUCGCAGAUCUGUUCAACGUCAUUCAACAUCCCUCGCUGCUUACAGUCAAGACUCAGGAACCGGCCAAGUAUCCCCGCGUUGUACCUCGCAAUCUCGAUAGAGAGUGCACCGUAGCAGGUGAGCAGAUUGGCCAUGAUCACCCACACGUCCUCAGCGCAGCAACAAGCUCACAUGGUCCACUUGCCAGACAUGAUCGAAUUUUUCGUCGACUUCUUGUUCUCGGACAGGCUGGGUCUGGUCGCCACCCGACACUUGAUUUUGGCAGACGCAUCACCUUAUGGGGUCUUCGAUAGAGACUGCGUGAAGCUCGCUCACAUGCACAGCACAGCAGUGGACUUUCCCAAGACUGGUAUUCCGGUCGAUACGAAGGAUUGCCCACCCGUGCCACGCUUGCGACCUGACUUUAUGCAAGCAGAGUUCCGAGUCGAGUGGGCACCUGCAGCCAUGCGCUCGGAGCCUCGCGAACGAUUCAACUUUUACGCAUCUGGAAAGGCCCUGGGACACCUAUACAGGGCGCUAGACAAGCCCAUUGUCGAUGGACCUCCUGCUCUCCUCACCUCUGCUCACGAGCCCAUCAGCACCCCUGGCAUGUCGCGCUCGGCCAGCCCAGGCGGCGACGACUCAAGCAAAGCCAAAGAGGUGCCACAAGAUGACUGGAACAGUCAAUUGCGCAAGUACUUGGAUCCCUUUCACUCUGCAGUGCAGGUACGCGCACACCUUCCCUACGUCCGUCGCAUCAUCGCGGAGUACUACCGCUCCGUCGAUCUGAUCUCCGUGGAGUGCUCGCCAAGCGGUAGAGACGGCCCACUUUCCGAGGCGGAAAUCUUUAUGGGCUGCAUCGCGCGAGGACCACCUGGUGUGGAGGCAACGGCGGCAAGAAGCAACACGACUCUUGACACUCUGCGAGCCCGCUACUCUGGCGUUGUCAAGCGCACUAUCGACGCUUUGCUCGGACCUGGUGCUAGCCUUCUGAAUACGCGCGAUGUCCCGUCCCCCGAUGUGGCACAUAGCGUGGACAGAACGCAGAAGGACCGCUGGCAGCUGGUGCUCGACAAGUGCUCGGCCUUCGUCGCUGCAGCGAACGAGGUCGAAGUCAGGGAAGGCGAUCAUACGGGCAAUGUCUGGCAUAGCGUCUCGACCACUGCUGACGGCCAGAUUGUGGCCGGCCGGCGUAGCGCGGCGUGGGUCGUACUGCCAUACCUGGUGCAAGCCGCCGCGACUCUCUUGAUCGUGAAUCGAGAGCAUGGAGCUGCGUCAGGUGAUGAAUAA